CUCUUUCCGUAACAAGUCUCUAUGGCCACAGUCUGGUAUUGCUGCCAGUGCAAGAACGGUCCAAUGAGUAUCGCAAACAACCCUCAGUGUACCGGCGCCAAUUGCACUUCCCAACAUCAUCAGUGUGGCUAUUGUGAGACCGAAAUUGCUCAUGCCGAUUACGACUUCGACCUCACCGACACCCAUACUCACGGCUUCGCCUCUCUGAUACACCCCCACGCCAAUUCGAUGCACGCUCAUGGUGAGCUCGUCGACGGCAAUGAGACGUAUCGAUGGCAAUGUUGCAACUGCCAUUCCGACAACAGCUGCGAGUACAACAAAGGCUGCUACAACUGCUCGCAUUGGAGGUGUUCUACGUACUGUUCGGUGUACGCAAUCAAGAAUUAGCAGAAUACUGCAUAGUGGGCGGUAUAGUUGUCGGCGGUUACUUUCCAGGUAAGUUUCCACAGACCUGUUCUUGCCAACUCUUACUGAUGAUCCCAGUGUUUUUUGCUAUUGCGGAGUAUGGCGUUUGAUAGACAGCGGUUUGCUCCUUCGUAUCACGAUACCCUAUCAUCAUUAUACCCCCUUCCCGCAUUG